CAGUGCUGUCUGGACCGUGUCAGCUCGACAGUAUCUGUCUGACAGUCAGACAAACACGAAUAUCCUGUUUCCUGGACGUCAUUUAAACACACAGGUCACACAAGCAAAGUUAAGCUCUGUACAUAAAGACAUGUUGGAUAUUCUCCUGUGCCGUGUGCCUCUCCGCCUCUUUGGUCUGCACAGGGACAGGGAGUUGUCAGGUGAACCAUGCUCUCCCAGCGGUGACGCUGAAAUGGACCGUUUCGCUAAUCAGGCUACAUUUAGCUACAGACGGUGGACCGACUAUGAACAACGGGAGCCGCAGCAGUUUACAGGUCACAGUGAUGAGUCUCAAGGUACAGACUCGGAGAUUUGCACCAUUUCCUCAUUGGGUGCCAAAAACGCAGCGCUACCAUCGGCAGCUCCUGUACCUGGAGGCACAUUCACAGUGGAAGAUGCUCUGGAGGCCACUGGUUUCGGUGUCUUCCAGUGGAAGAUCUCCGCGCUCUCUGGAUUGUCAUGGCUCGCAGACGCCAUGGAGAUGAUGAUCCUCAGCAUCCUGGGACCUCAGCUGCUCUGUGAUUGGAGGCUGCCCAGCUACCAGAUGGCUCUGAUAACAUCGAUCGUGUUCAUCGGGAUGGGCUUCGGUUCACCUAUGUGGGGACACUUUGCCGACAAACAUGGCAGAAAACGUGGUUUGAUCAUCUGUAUGAGCAUGACUUUUUACUUCGGUCUGUUGAGCGCCUUCGCUCCAGUCUAUGGCUGGUUGUUGUUCCUGAGGGGUUUCGUAGGAUUUGGAAUCGGAGGAGCCCCCCAAGCGGUGACGCUCUACUCUGAAUUCCUCCCAGCGAAGGCUCGGGGCAUCUGCAUCAUGUUGACCGGGGCGUUCUGGGCCCUCGGUGCCGUGAUGGAAGUUCUCCUGGCAUUGUGGAUAAUGCCCACGCUGGGCUGGAGGUGGCUGCUCGCCUUGUCCUGUUUACCCAUGGCUCUCUUCCUCUGCCUUUGCUACUGGCUGCCUGAAAGUCCUCGCUUCGACGUUCUGUCAGGAAACAGGAGAAAAGCCAUGAGAACCUUGAACCUCAUCGCAAAACAGAACGGCAAGGUUUUGCCUCAGGGCAAGUUAGUUGCACAUAAACAGGACAAGCGUGGACGUAUCAGCGAUCUGUUUACUCCGCAGUACCGUAUGACCACUAUUCUGCUCUGGUUCAUUUGGUUUGCAAAUGCUUUUUCCUAUUACGGCGUGAUCCUGUUGACCACGGAAAUGUUCCAAGCUGGAGAUUCGUGUGGAGCGACGCAGGGCAGCAAGGCUGAACACAUUUGUAGUCUGGAGUGCAAAUAUUUGACUACAGACGACUACAAAGACCUGUUAUGGACAACGCUGGCUGAAUUCCCAGGUCUGCUUGUCAUUAUCUUUGCGGUGGAGUACAUCGGCAGGAAGAAAAGCUUAGCUCUGUGUUUCUUCAUGUUUUCUCUCUUUCUUCUGCCUCUGUACGCCUGCAUCGGAAGGACAGCUCUGACGGUCUUCAUCUUCAUCUCCAGAGCCUUCAUCUCCGGAGGAUAUCAAAUUGUUUUCCUGUACACACCUGAGGUUUUUCCUACCGAAAACAGAGCCAUAGCCAUUGGUACGGCUAGCACCAUGGCCAGACUGGGCGCCCUCAUCACACCUUUUGUGGCACAGGUGAUGCUCAGAGCCUCAGUGUACUGGACCUUGGCCUUCUACUGCGGCUGCUCAAUCCUGGCUGGCGUUGCAUCCCUGAUCUUACCUAUUGAAACGUUGGGCAGGAGUCUGCAGGAGACCACUGGCCACCUGGAGGCAGGAGAAGGUAGUGACACCCACCACCAGGAGGAGCUAUAGCGUAAACCUUCUCUUGUCUGAAUGAGACCGAACUCGUGGCUCCCGGACCCCUGAUGCUGCGAGGGUCUUUGAUCCCAGUUUUACGUUUGAGCCAAGGAUAACUGUAAUAUUCUAUGAAUUACAAAAACAGUCUGCACAUUUUUUAUUGUUUCUCAGGGAACAACGUUUCUUUUUAUAUUUAUAUAUUCUGGGAUUUUUACAAAGAGCAGGUUUAUUUUGAAUGAAGAUAAUAAAUUCUAAUUCUGUACAUUUGACCUGUGUUUUGGUUUGUU